CGCAGUGAAUCACACACACACUACUCACCGGCACUCGCACUCAACCAGCAGCAACAGAAGCAAAACCAAAUUAAUAGUAGUGGUAGGGGCAAUUGGCAAGCACACACACACACACACACACACGGCCCCUCACCCACUCUCAAUUCUCUUACCUAUUAUUAUGUUUAUUGAAUUGAAGUAGCAGAAUGAGUAAGCUUAACACAUCCAGCUCCGAAUUGGAUUUUGAUCGCCCCAACAUCGAGGACUAUCUCCCAUCCGGAUCCAUUCAAGAGCCUCACGGCAAACUCCGCCUGCGUGAUUUGCUCGAUAUUUCACCAACUCUCACUGAGGCCGCUGGUGCAAUUGUUGAUGACUCUUUCACCAGAUGCUUCAAGUCAAAUCCUCCAGAACCCUGGAACUGGAACAUAUACUUGUUUCCUUUAUGGUGCUUGGGAGUGGUCAUCAGAUAUGGCCUUCUUUUCCCAUUAAGGGUAAUAGUGUUGACAAUAGGAUGGAUUAUAUUUCUAUCAUGCUAUUUUCCUGUGCAUUUCCUGUUAAGAGGGCACGACAAAUUGAGGAAAAGAUUAGAGAGAGGUCUAGUGGAGUUGAUUUGCAGUUUCUUCGUUGCAUCAUGGACAGGGGUUGUCAAGUAUCAUGGUCCACGGCCGUCCAUGCGACCUAAGCAGGUUUUUGUGGCGAAUCACACAUCCAUGAUUGAUUUCAUUGUUUUGGAACAAAUGACUGCUUUUGCAGUGAUUAUGCAGAAGCAUCCUGGGUGGGUUGGAUUAUUGCAGAGCACAAUUUUGGAAAGUCUAGGAUGUAUCUGGUUCAACCGCUCAGAGUCCAAGGAUCGUGAAAUUGUUGCAAAAAAGCUAAGGGAACAUGUCCAUGAUGCUGAUAACAAUCCUCUUCUUAUAUUCCCGGAAGGAACUUGUGUGAAUAACCAUUACACUGUUAUGUUUAAGAAGGGUGCAUUUGAACUUGGCUGCACUGUCUGUCCAAUAGCAAUCAAGUACAACAAGAUAUUUGUUGAUGCCUUCUGGAAUAGCCGAAAGCAAUCCUUCACUACACACUUGUUGCAGCUUAUGACAUCCUGGGCUGUUGUUUGUGACGUUUGGUACCUAGAGCCUCAAAAUCUGAAACCUGGGGAAACACCCAUUGAAUUUGCAGAGAGGGUGAGGGACAUUAUUUCUGUUCGGGCCGGCCUCAGAAAGGUGCCUUGGGAUGGAUAUUUGAAGUACUCUCGGCCUAGUCCGAAGCAUCGUGAACGCAAGCAACAAAGCUUUGCAGAGUCAAUUCUCCGUCGCUUGGAAGAGAAAUAGUUAGAUAUGUACUAUUGUUGUUUAUCGUUUUCCAUUUAUUAGAUGGAGAUUCAUAGCUAGUCCAAAAUUCAACCUUAUUGCUAUCGAAAACAAUAUCAUUUCCUCAGUAGAUUGAAAUCGCUUGAACUUCUUUGAAGAUGGUGGAUAGAAGCAAGGGCCCAAAUGAAACGAGUGUGUGCACUUUGCCCAGGCCCUUUGAUUACUUUUUUGUCUUUUAUCUGGUCUCAAUGCGCACUGUUGAAGACCAGAUCUUGAACAUUUAUUACUUCAAAUUUGAAUGGAGAUGAACUCCUCCUGGUUAAGGUACAUACCUUGGCCAAUUAAUUU